AGACACGCUGCGCACGGAGCCUCUCCACUUUCUCCAAGAUGUUUCCGAGACACGGCCUGACCGAGUCCAGCCAGAUAUGAGGAUUGUGCGUUGCGCGUCAAGUUUGAUUUGUAGAGUCGAAGAGAUCAUUCCAGCCAGAUAGCCGAAGCUCCUCGACUCCUCUCUCACUUUGUUUUGCUCACUUUUAAAACGUGCAACAGCUAGAGUAGGUGAAGAUUUUUCCAAACACCACGCAGCUGAGCCAACUUGAAAGCUGACGAAGACGGCACCGGAGUGACCAUCUGGAAAGACGAGCCAUGAGUUCCGAGAAGAGCAAAAUGGAGGAUGAAGCGGUGUUGGACAGAGGAGCGUCCUUUGUCAAACAUGUCUGUGAUGCAGAGGAAGUGGAAGGUCACCACACUGUGUACAUUGGUGUGCAUGUUCCCAAGAGCUACCACCGGAGGAGACGCCACCGACGCAAGUCCAGCCACAAGGACAGGCGGGAACGAAGCGAGCAGAGUACGGAAGGAUACAAGUCGGAUGGGGAGAACGCAGACGAUCCCGCUGCUAACGUCCUCAAACCUCUCAUUUCUCCAGCUGAGAGGAUUCGGUUUAUCCUGGGAGAGGAGGACGAUGGCCCACCGCCUCCUCAGCUCUUCACCGAGCUGGAUGAGCUGCUGGCCGUGGACGGACAGGAGAUGGAGUGGAAGGAGACGGCCAGAUGGAUCAAGUUUGAGGAGAAGGUGGAGAAGGGUGGCGAGCGCUGGAGCAAGCCUCAUGUGGCCACGCUGUCCUUACACAGCCUGAUGGAACUGAAAGCUUGCAUCGAGAAGGGCACCAUCAUGCUGGACCUGGAGGCCUCCACACUGCCACAGGUGGUUGAGCUGAUCACUGACAGUCAGAUCGAGACCGGCCAGCUGAAGGCGGACCUGAAGGAGAAGGUCAUGUACACGCUGCUACGGAAACAUCGCCACCAGACCAAGAAGUCCAACUUGCGCUCUCUUGCAGAUAUCGGCAAGAGUGUUUCCAGUGCAAGUAGGCUCUUCUCGAACCAGGAGAAUGGUAGCCCAACCACGACCCAUAGAAACCUCACCUCCAACAGCCUGAGCGACUUCUCUGACAAACCAGAGAAGGAUCAGCUCAAGAAUAAGUUCAUGAAAAAGUUGCCCCGCGAUGCCGAGGCAUCAAAUGUGCUGGUUGGAGAAGUGGAUUUCCUGGAAACCCCCUUUGUGGCAUUUGUUCGCCUGCAGCAGGCUGUCAUGCUGGGAGCCCUCACGGAGGUCCCUGUGCCCACCAGAUUUCUCUUCGUCCUGCUGGGCCCCAAAGGCAAAGCAAAGUCCUAUCAUGAGAUUGGAAGAGCCAUUGCCACUCUGAUGUCAGAUGAGGUAUUCCAUGAUAUUGCCUACAAAGCGAAGGACAGGCAGGACCUGCUGGCUGGUAUCGACGAGUUCCUGGAUGAGGUCAUCGUCCUGCCUCCUGGCGAGUGGGACCCUGACAUCAGGAUAGAGCCACCCAAGACUCUGCCCUCCUCAGACAAGAGGAAGAACAUGUACGCUGGAUUAGAGCCACCUCAGAUGAACGGUGACACUCCUCAUGAUCCGGGUCAUGGAGGAGGAGGAGGAGGACACGAAGUUGGAGAGGAGCUCCAGCGCACAAGAAAGUUCUGUGGAGGUCUUAUCCUGGAUAUCAAGCGGAAACUGCCAUUUUUUGCAAGUGACUUCUAUGAUGCGCUGCAUAUCCAGUCUCUGUCUGCCAUCCUGUUCAUCUAUCUGGGCACAGUCACCAACGCAAUCACGUUCGGAGGCCUGCUUGGAGAUGCUACAGAAAACAUGCAGGGAGUGUUGGAAAGCUUCCUGGGUACAGCACUGACAGGAGCAGUGUUCUGUCUGCUGGCUGGUCAACCGCUGACUAUCCUCAGCAGCACAGGCCCGGUGUUGGUCUUCGAAAGACUCCUCUUCACUUUCAGCAAAGACAAUGGCCUCGACUACCUUGAGUUCCGGCUGUGGAUCGGCCUGUGGUCGGCUAUACUCUGUCUGGUGCUGGUCGCCACAGACGCCAGCUUUUUGGUGCAGUAUUUCACACGGUUCACGGAGGAAGGCUUCUCUGCGCUCAUCAGCUUCAUCUUCAUCUAUGACGCUUUCAAAAAGAUGAUAAAGCUGGCCCACUACAACCCCAUUAACUCCGAAUACGAUCCCAACCUGGUCACUCAGUACGACUGCCGCUGUAUGCCUGGCAACUCAUCAGAACUCCUCGAUCUCUCUGCCUGGACAAACAGUACUGAUGUGCCGGUGAAUGCUACGUGGGCGUCCCUCACCAAGAAACAGUGUAAGCAGUACGGCGGGCAGCUAAUCGGAGAGAACUGUGGCUACGUGCCUGACAUCACCCUGAUGUCCUUCAUCUUGUUCUUUGGGACCUACACCUGCUCCAUGGGCCUGAAGAAGUUCAAGACGAGUCGCUUCUUUCCCACAACAGUGAGGAAGCUCAUCAGCGACUUCGCGAUCAUCUUGACCAUUCUUCUUUUCUGUGGCGUGGAUGCCUUCAUCGGUGUGGACACUCCAAAGCUCAUAGUGCCAAGUGAAUUCAAGCCCACAAGUCCAUUGAGGGGCUGGUUUGUUCCUCCAUUUGGAGGAAACCCUUGGUGGGUGUACCUGGCAUCUGCACUCCCUGCUCUGCUGGUCACCAUCCUGAUAUUCAUGGACCAGCAGAUCACUGCAGUGAUCGUCAACAGGAAAGAGCACAAACUUAAGAAAGGGGCCGGGUAUCACUUGGACCUGUUCUGGGUGGCCAUCCUGAUGGCGGUCUGCUCCUUCAUGGGCCUGCCGUGGUACGUGGCUGCCACUGUCAUCUCCAUCGCCCAUAUCGAUUCUCUGAAAAUGGAGACCCAGACGUCAGCCCCCGGGGAGCAGCCCAAAUUCCUGGGUGUCCGGGAACAAAGAGUCACUGGUAUCUUCGUGUUCCUCCUGACAGGACUCUCUGUCUUCAUGGCUCCCAUCCUGAAGUUCAUUCCCAUGCCUGUGCUCUACGGUGUCUUCCUCUACAUGGGUGUAGCAUCACUCAAUGGUGUCCAGUUUAUGGAUCGCCUGCAGCUGCUCCUCAUGCCCGCCAAGCACCAGCCCGACCUGAUCUACCUGCGACACGUCCCCCAGAGACGUAUCCAUCUCUUCACCUUCAUCCAGGGCCUGUGCUUGGCCCUCCUCUGGAUUCUCAAGUCCACUGUGGCUGCAAUCAUUUUCCCUGUCAUGAUUUUGGCAUUGGUUGCCGUCAGAAAGGCCAUGGACUACGUGUUCUCCCAACAUGACCUCAGUUACCUGGACGACGUCAUCCCAGAGAAAGACAAGAAGAAGAAAGAGGACGAGAAGAAAAAGAAAAACAAGAAGAAGGGAAGCAUUGACAGUGAAAUGGAAUUUUCUGACUACCCCUACCAUGAAAAUGUUCCCAGUAUAAAAAUCUCUAUGGAUAUGAUGGAACAGGAGCCCAUGUUGGGGGAUAAAUCUUUGGAUAGAGAUCAGCCGCAGACUUUCCUUAACCCGCAUUCACCGUGCUGAACACUACUAUGAGUCUCCCACUGUGGCCAAUCUUGAGAGAGGUUCGUGGACAAAAUAUUUGCCUCAGAUUCGACUCCGCCGUGACUCUGAGGAUAAUGGUGUCUUUUGGAAGAAGGGCUCUGAAACUGAUCUGUGACAGAAUCGUCCAAAGAUACAUCAGAACAUCCUCUUUUGUACUAUGAUACCACCUCAAACUGGUAUUUUUAAUAUUUCUCAUAUGAGGUUUUGAAUCCAAAUGGCUGGAAGUGUUUGUCUUAGCGUUGAAACACUUUGGUGGUACUGAAUUUUAAUGAGGGCUGAAACUAGAUCCAUUUCUUCAUCUACAGGAUUUCUUGCAGACAAUGAAGGGGUCACUUGAGGUCGUCUGUAUGCAGUUUUUAUGGGACGUCAAUAUCUUAAUAAUGUGUGUGCUAAUAAUUUAUCAAGCAUCAAAGAGAUCCAGGAUACAUGAAGUCUGUAGAACAGUGAUUUUUAUAUUAAAUGCACCACUUUGAUUUCACUCUUUACAUAUUAGGAGGAGCUUCUCACACUUUUUAAUAGCUUUAAUUUCAGUAAUACUGAACGCAACUGGCCUCUCUUCUCAUAGUACUGUUUUUAGUAGUUAUUUUUGAAGGUUUUAAGUCAUAACUACUGGAAUCUCGGGAUGCAAACAUAGUGGAGGUACUGCAUUUGGAGGCAAGCGGGAUUCCUUCUUUAACUGUCGUGAACAAAAGGGCUACAAAAAGUGAUCUGUGCACAGUCAUGAGCAGACCUUAAUGUUGUAUUUAUGGGCAUAUUGAUUAUUUAUCAGGCUUUACUCUAAGGCUGCGUAUUCAUAAACACAUCCAGAAGGUAACGUAAGAAUAGCAUGUUUCACUAUGGUAAGAUGCAAAUGGUUCAGUACCAUACAGACUGGAACUUCUCUUUUGUUUUCUGAUCUUGCUUUUCUUAUAUUUAUUAUAUUUAAUCGUACAGGAAAAUAUCUUGUUGGUGGAAUUUUAUGUGAGGCUUUGCCCUUUAACGUCCCCAAUUUGUGGAAAUUUGCUAGACUUUCUGUGAUCUGUAUCCACUCGGCUGUCUUUUCCCCGUUUUAGGGAGUUCUAGAUGCAUUAUACCCAUUUGUAGCUCUACCUCUUACUUUCUGUAGGUGCCAGGCAUUGUAUAUUAAAUACAUCUGUUGUGCAAUGAUUUCUGAUCAAACACUGAUUAUAUUUUGUUUUCCAGCUGGCACUACAUAGGAUCCCUGAAUCUACACUAUCACUUUCCUUUUGUUCUGUAACACUUUUAAGAUGUAGUAUUUUUGUUUGUCAAUGUGAAUAUGUAGAAUUUGAGAUGUUUUAAAGGGCAAUUCCACCCAAACAUUUUAUCACCAAAAACCAAGUAUUAGAGCUAUCUAAAUUUGACUUCACGUAACAAUAACGCAUCUAUUCCUUGAUGUUUCAAAUGCUGAAGUUGGGUGGAAACGUAUUUUACCCAUCUCUUGAAUGCAGUUCUCACACACUUGACCAUCAACUCAUUCCUUAAAGGUUACUUGGGUUGAAUUUUGAAUUUAAAAUGUGAUCUUAUUCAAAAGCUGUUAAUGUGAUUGAUUUUCCGUCUUUAACUACUUUUUGUGUAUUUUUUAAUGUAUUUUUAAUGCAAAUCAACAAUCACUGUGAGAGAAACAAUGUUGUGACUUCCAGUCCUGGAAAAACUACUGCUUCUUAGUGUACAGGGUAAAUAGUUAGUACAAGUUCACUUUAAGAUCAACAUUUUACUGAGGCAGUAGCAUCAAUGCAUUAUCUAAAUACCACUUAGUGACAGUUUGAUGAGCAGUGAAAUGCAUCAGUCUUUCAUUUUACUGUUGGUCUAGUUACAUGAUCACGGUUCUGUUGCUGAUUGAGGUAUGUGCUGUUAACUAAAACUGAUAUUUUUGCGUUCCGGAGUGUAAUGCAUCCCAAUCAUUUGAGAUAUACAUGUAUCCCUUGAAGAAAAGCACAUGUACAAUCAGUGCUGUUUCUGAUCUGUAGUGUAAGUAAGGGCUUUAAUUCAUGCUUUCGCAGUCGCAUCGAUAUGCUGUUAAAAUGUGAAGCACAAGACUGUUAAAGUUGCUUUGACACAAAAGCCACAUUGUCUUCCACUUUGUGCUGUGAUCUGUAUAUCCUGACUUUUUGACUUUCUCGUUCUGAUUCCACAAUUAAUGUAAUAUUUUUGAUGUUCGAACUGAAAUUAUUUUAUACAAGCAUCUUAUGUGCUCAAAUUACCGUAGGUUACUCAGAAGGAAGAACAUGUCAGUGUUUUUUUUAUGAAGUACUGUCCAACAUGAGAGCAAUAAAACAGUCCAAAUGAUUCUUAAA